AUGAAUCACGAAGAGAUAAAAUCCGUGGUACAAGAAAAGUUUCUAUCGAGUGAACGUGUAACAGCGUUUCUAUGUGAUGCGAAAGUGCUCCAUCCGGAAUGGGUGAAGAAGGACAGGCUCUUAGCUAUCGUGGAAUAUGGAGAUGAAAAAGCUGUUUUUUGUUUAUUUACAUCAUGUUUCCCACCGAAGUCCUUCACGGAUUUGUCUAUAGAAAUAGUACUGCCAAUCGACAAUAGUUUUAAGUGUGAAAUAGACAACAAACCUUCAGACCCUGAAGCUAUUUUGUACCUGAAUUUACAGUCACGUAAUAAUAAAUUUAAGUUCGAAAUCCAAAUGACUCCUCAUGUAGAUAAUUUUGUAGACGACUUGUUCCGAGGUAUAGAAGCUGUUAACAAAGUACACAUACAGCCCGAGUUUCUUUGGCUGAAAAAAUACAAUGGUAGAAAUGAAGACGACAUUCUAGCACAUAGCCUGGUGGUACCACGAGAUGGUGUCACGCAGACUCAGGCUCCCGUCGCAAUCAGGGAGAGCCUUAUAAAGAGAAAGAUGUGUGACAAAGAGUUUGAUUACACAUUUACUAAAAAAUUUACAGUAUUUUGUGGUACAUGGAAUGUAAAUGAUAAGUCACCUGUAAUACCCCUUAAUGACUGGUUGUGUGUUGAUAAAGAACCUCCUGAUAUAUACGCAGUAGGUUUUCAAGAGUUGGACCUCUCUAAGGAAACUUUUCUUUUUGAUCAGACAUUAAGGGAAGAUGAAUGGUACCAUGCUGUUGUGACAUAUGUGAACAGAAGAGCUAAAUAUGUCAAAGUUGAGAAGGUUAGGCUUGUGGGUAUGUUACUGAUUGUACUCAUCAAAGAGAAACAUUAUUCUCAUGUACGUAACAUAGUCUGUGAUACGGUCGGAACAGGAAUAAUGGGGAAAAUGGGAAAUAAAGGUGGUGUAUCAAUCAGAUUUGACCUACAUAACACCUCCAUCUGUUUCGUCAAUUCUCAUUUAGCAGCACAUGUCGAAGAAUAUGAAAGGAGAAAUCAGGAUUUUAGAGAUAUUUGCAAUAGGACAAGAUUUGCACAGUUGAAUCAGCAACCGAAAGCAAUAAAAGAUCAUGAUCACAUCUACUGGCUUGGCGAUCUGAAUUACCGUAUCACAGAAUUAGAUCCAAUGAGAGUAAAAAAAUUAGUCAGCGAAAAUAAUUUUGCACCAGUUUUAGAAUGGGAUCAAUUGAAACAACAACACAAAUAUAAUAAUGUAUUUGCAGGCUACAUAGAAGGCGUUAUAAACUUCAAACCGACAUAUAAAUAUGAUCCAGGUACUGAUAAUUGGGAUUCCAGUGAAAAAAACCGUGCACCAGCUUGGUGUGAUCGGAUUUUCUUUAAGGGUGAGAAAAUCACACAGCUAGCUUACAGAAGUCAUCCGUCGUUAAACAUUAGUGAUCAUAAGCCAGUGUCCGCAAUAUUCACUUCCGAAAUAAAAAUUAUUGAUGAGGAAAAAUACAGGAAGGUUUAUGAGGAAGUUAUAAAACAAUUAGAUAAACUUGAAAAUGAACUCAUACCGCAAGUAAAGGUCGAUGUGACCGAAAUAGACUUUGGUACAGUUAGGUACUUAGAACUGCAAGUUAGAACAAUAACAAUUAAGAAUACAGGAAAACUGCCUGUCGAGUUUGAGUUUAUAAAAAAAUUAGAUGAAGCAAAUUUCUGCAAGGAAUGGCUGAUUGUGGAACCUUACAAAAAAUGUAUAUGUGCGGAUGAGUCGUGCGAAAUACAACUUAAAGUACUUAUAAAUAAGACCUCAGCAUGCAAAAUGAAUGCUGGAACUGACAAAUUGUAUGAUAUUUUAGUUCUUCAUUUGUACGGAGGAAAAGACAUUUUCAUCACAGUGAAUGGAACAUACCAAAGAAGUUGUUUCGGGUGUUCUAUUGAAGUUUUAGUCAACUUGAACAUGCCGAUACGAGAAGUGCCUGUAGGGAAAUUGAUAGAACUUGAAAAUAAAAGAGACCAGUGUAUCUCCAAUCAGUCAACAUAUUCUAUACCAAAGGAGAUAUGGUUCCUUGUUGAUCACAUUUACCUUCAUGGUCUCAAGGAACCUAAUUUAUUUGAACAACCAGGUCUUCAUUCUGAAGUAUUACAGAUCAGAGACUGGUUAGACAGUGGGUCUAUAGAUCCUAUCCCCGGAAGCAUACACUCUGUUGCUGAAGCUCUCCUCUUACUAUUAGAGAGUACAGCAGACCCUAUAAUCCCUUACAACCUUCAGUCUGUAUGUCUCCGAGCGUCUGCUAAUUAUUUACAAUGCAAGCAAAUAAUAAUGGAAUUGCCCGAGUUUAGAAAGAAUGUCUUCCUAUAUUUAUGUGAAUUUCUGCAAGAAGCCUUACAACACAGCGCCGAAAAUGGUUUAGAUUCUAAAACUCUAUCGACCCUCUUUGGUGCAAUAUUUCUUAGAGACAAUCCUAACUUGAUCCAAGAACCCCAAUCUAGAAUAAACAAACAAGUUAUAGACAAAAAGAAAGCUCAGUUUGUAUACCAUUUCCUUGUAAAUGAUCACAGUGACUUAAUAUUUUCGAGAUAGUUAUAUUUAUAUUGUAAAUAUAUAUAUGUUUUUUAAGUUAUUGAAAUACUCACAACAUUCUGUAUUUGUAA